CUGUUCCAGACCGCGUACCAUCACCCACAAAAUGGCUUACUGUGGUCCAGCCUGUGCCGUCCCAUCCUGUGCCUCUACCCCAGUGGUUGGUUUCGGCUCUGCCGGUCUUGGUUAUGGAGGUCUCGGCUUAGGAGGUCUUGGCCACAGAGGCCUUGGCUAUGGAUAUGGUGGAUGGGGCUCUGGUGGGUGGGGAUAUGGUUCCGGCGGACUGCUCGGAGGAAGCACCAGCUCAGGAGAGCUCGGCACCCUGGCCGGAGUCAUCCCUUCAUGCAUCAACCAGAUCCCACCAGCAGAGAUCGUGAUCCAGCCACCUGCCUCCGUUGUGACCAUCCCAGGGCCCAUCCUGUCUGCUAGCUGUGAGCCUGUUUCCGUCGGAGGCAACACCCCCUGUUCUCUGGCUGGUUCUGGUGCCUAUGGAGGCUUUGGGCUGGGAGGAGGCUUGUAUGGAGGUUUUGGAUUGGGAGGAGGCUCGUUUGGAGGCCUUGGGCUGGGAGGUGGCUCGUUUGGAGGCUUGGGCUGGAGGAGAGGAGGACUCCUUGGGAGAAGGUCUGGCCGCCGUAGUAGCGUGUGCAGCUAGACUGUGAAAGACAAGAAGAAUAUCCUCAUGA